UGCCACGUAGAGUCAUCUCCUGCUUCGAGAUAGUACUCCAUUUUCACCCUCUCGAAGUCGAAUAUACUCCGUCCGUAUUUUCGUGUUUGGAAAGGCGCCAUUCGAGUCCAUCGUCUCUCCCAUUCAAAACCUCAGAUAAACCUUCCAAGUAUCAAUCAGUUCAUUCCAUUUCCUUGACUUCUACUUGCGCUCAGAUGUUUUCGCGCUCCUAUCCUACGGCCACUCAGACGAAGGCCGCCGACUUGGCCACUCUCAUUCUCGGCGCUUCUUCUCCGUCGCAGAUCGUGGCCGCCUGUGCGGAGGUAGACUCUUUUCUCCAUUUGUACACCGCAGACCAGACCCGCUGCUUCUUCUCCAUCACUUUCCCAACCCUAAUUUGUAAAGUGUUCGGUUUCGACGACACGCCGCCGGUAGAUCACAAGUCUCUUUCGCCAUCUGGAUGGAUCGAUGUUGCCUCUCUAUCUAACGAUUCCGAGCUUGCAGGCAGGAUUUUCAGAUUACUAUCUCCAAAUAGUGUAUUGCUAUCAUCAAUUGUGAAUGCUGAUGCUUUAUCUCUGGUUAAAUAUGUUUUUCCUGUUGAGCGGUUGCCAGAAUGGGCUCGGUAUCUUCUACAGAAUGAGAGAGAUGUUCAGCUUUUGGCUGACCUGUGUCCAUUGUUCAGGAAUAGGUUGAAGGAGGAUUCAGCAAAGGGUUGUUUUCAGGUUCAGUUGAAUAUUUUCGAGUAUUUUAUGUUCUGGUUUGCAUAUUACCCUGUUUGCAGGGGUAACAGUGAGGGACCACAGACUGUUAGAAUUAAGAGAAGCAAAAGAUUUAGGCUGGAAAAUUGGGCUUAUUCAAUUCCAGGUUUGUCGAGCACAAAGCGCACAACCGAGAAGAAAAUUGAAGGAAAUCUCUAUAUGCGUGUAUUGUAUGCAUAUCUUCAUGUGUAUGUACCUAUGCAUGAUUUGAAUACCCACCAACCUUAUCGCAGCUCACUUCUCCAUUACUCCACAGCAUAUGAUGAGGGCAUUGUUGAACGGGCAAAUUUUUUGGUGAAUUCAGUGAUACACUUCUGGUUAGUGGACAAUGAUUUCUCGCCACUGCCUGUGAGUUUGUGCAAAUCGUUUGGUGUGGUGCUCCCUUUUCGUUCAUUUUCGGGUGAGACUCCUCCAACUUCUGGGUUAGGUGAGGUGGUGAGCGUGUUUGUCAAGUAUCUAAAUCUGAACUCUCUCCCACUCACUGAUGGUGCUGAUCAGGCAGAAUGUGUUGAGAGUCCAACACAGAGACUACCCGCCUCACUUGGCACUGCCAAAUCAAGGGAUGCUUCUUUGGAGGUCCAAACUAUGAGUUCUUGGGGAACAUUGAUUCAGAGGCCUCUAUACAGAUUUAUAUUGAGGACCUUUUUGUUCUGCCCAGCGGAAUGUUCUGUAUCAAAUGCAUCUCAAGUGUUUACUCUUUGGGUUAAUUAUCUAGAACCCUGGGCGAACAGUUUGGAAGAGUUCACUGAGGUGGAUUCAUGUUUGGGCAUGCCCACUAAAAUUGUACAAAUGCAUGGAACCCAGUCAUUAUCACAUAGAUAUUCAUCUGCUUGGCGGGGUUUUGUUUUGGCUAACUACUUGUUCUACAGCUCUCUGGCGAUGCAUUUUAUUGGUUUUGCGCACAAGUUUCUUCACACAGAUCCAGAGCUGAUUGUUCAAAUGGUUUCAAAGGUGAUGAACAUAUUGACCUCCUCUGUGGAGCUCCUGGACCUAAUGAAAAAUGUGGACAUUGUUUUUCAUUUGAAACCUUAUGGACCGUCCAAAUCGAUGCUUAACACCUUACAUAGGUUUGUACCUGCAAUUCGUGAACAGUUACAGGACUGGGAGGAUGGCCUGUGUGAGAGUGAUGCUGAUGGUUCAUUUUUGCGUGAAAACUGGAACAAAGACUUGAAACUUUUCAGUGAUGCUGAAGAUGGUGGACUGGAGUUACUUCAGCUCUUUGUGUUGCGAGCAGAAUCCGAGUUACAAGUGCUGCGCGGUGACAAUGUUGCACAAAACAUAGAGUGCUUAAACACACUAAAAUCCCAGUUAGGACACUUGUGUGGUACUACUUCCAAAAAGUUCAGCAGCUCUGGGAUGACGACAAUGGCCAAGCCAACAUAUGACGAAAUUUUCAAGCCGAGAGGUUACACAAUCCAAACAGUGCCCAUAAAGCGUUCUGUCUCAGGUGAUGAAAUCGUAUGGCUUGCAAAGCUGCUCGUAUGGAUAUCAGGUUGGAUUAAUGAGAGUUUGGGGCUGAAUGUGGCUGACGGGUCCCACCAAAACCCUCGGUCUUCAUACGUUGUGUUGCCAAGUGAUACAGGGGAGAUGUAUGGACCUGUAGAAAUGAUUAAAUUGGUCUUUAGGGCUGUCUUAUCUUGGGUUGGUACUCUAUGUGGGUACGUUGGGAAGUUCUUGAGACCGCUUGGGUUGAAGGUGAACCUUAGGGUGCUGGCAUUGAAGAAGGUAGUGAUGCUGAUGUUCGGUAUUUUUGUAUUUUAUGUAUUGAGAAAGACUGUUGCUGGCUUUGCAGCUUCAAGGUGUGUGUAUAUACAAGAUUGAUGGCUGAGAAGACAUUAAUGAUAUGACUAGAUUUUGGCAAGAGUGCGCUAAUGAGCUGAUAGUUCUUUUAAGUAUCUUUUUCCCCCACAAAAAACCAUUUUCAAGUAGGUUUAAUGUGGCUUCGCCAAAAAAAGUUGGUUUUAAGAAACUGUUCCGAUCUGAAUUUUUCUUGAUCUGACCCAAUUUGAAUGUUUCUAAUCUAUUUUUUUAAAAUUUGAUUUGACC